GUGCGACUCCUAGGUUGGCUCGGAGCUGACUGAAGUUGGCUGACUGUGUGUAUGUGUAUAUGUGUGUGUGAGUCUUUCAGGAAAAAGAGAUGACUGCUGUUGAGCGAGCUUUGAAAACCCAUUUCGGUUUUGAGAAGUUCCGAUCACAGCAGCAGGAGAAUGUGGUUAAAGCGGUGAUUAAAGGUGACAGGGAUGUGUUUGUAUGUAUGCCAACCGGCGCAGGGAAGUCACUGUGCUACCAGCUUCCUGCAAUGCUGGCCUCUGGCAUCACACUGGUCAUAUCUCCUCUGAUUGCACUCAUACAGGAUCAGGUAGAGCACCUUAAGGCACUAAACAUACCAGCAUGCUCCAUAAACUCUAAACUCCCAUCCGGCGAGAGAAAGCAGAUCCUGGACGACUUGCAUAGUAAAACUCCUCGUCUCAAGCUGUUGUAUAUCACUCCUGAGAUGGUUGCUUCUCCAUCCUUCCAGCCUUGCCUGAGCUCACUUUGCUCCCGUGGGUUGCUAACCUGCCUGGCGGUUGAUGAAGCUCACUGUGUCUCUCAGUGGGGUCACGAUUUCAGACCUGACUACCUGAAGCUGGGAGACCUGCGUGCCCGUCUUCCUGGAGUCCCCUGCGUGGCCUUGACAGCGACCGCGCCGAAGCGCGUGCAGGAGGACAUUGCUCACUCCCUAAAGCUAAAAUCACCGCUCGCUUUUUCCACUCCGGUGUUUCGCAAAAACCUGAAGUACGAUGUGAUAUUUCGAGAUCUGCUGCCUGACCCGUACGUUCAUCUACAUGCGUUUGCUAAGGAAGCGCUUGGGGGAUGCUCAGCUGAGAAGGGGUGUGGGAUUGUAUACUGUCGCACAAGAGAGAGUUGUGAGGAUGUCGCACACAGACUGACUAAGCUGGGGAUUAUGGCUAAGCCCUACCAUGCAGGCCUGAAGACAAGUGAUCGCACUGAAUCUCAGACUGACUGGAUGGAAGGGAAGGUACCCGUCAUUGUAGCCACUAUCAGCUUUGGGAUGGGUGUUGACAAAGCCAAUGUGAGGUUUGUAGCUCACUGGAACUUGGCUAAGUCCUUGGCCAGCUAUUAUCAGGAAUCGGGACGAGCCGGGCGUGACGGCCUGCCCUCCUCUUGCCGUAUAUACUACUCUCCCAAAGACAGGGACCAACUCCGCUUUCUCAUCUGUAAAGAGAUCAAUCGCAAAAAGGAGAAACGAGGUUCAGAGAAAGAACAGGACAAAGCACCUCUGCAGGACUUUGAGGCCAUGGUUGCUUUCUGUGAACAAGAAGGAUGCAGACAUGCCACUAUAUCCAAGUUCUUUGGUGACCAGUCACCGAACUGUGCCGGCGCCUGUGACUUCUGUCACAACCCUAAACUUGUCCGUGCUCAGCUAGAGAGAGCUGCUGCGCUCAGCACUAAGACCGGACCUGGGCAGAGCUCUGAGAGCAGGGGGCCAUUCGGUUUUGACCGUGAACUCUACGCAGGAGGGAGGAAAGGCUACGGCUUUGAAAGGUAUGAUGAGGAGUGGGAGGGCGGUGCCGAGGACGAAUCCGAGAAUCGGAAAAAAGAUUUCAAGGAUCUGUUCAGGAAACAGAUGGGUUUACGCAAGGGAUCAAGCAGCCCAAAAGAAGCAUUUGCUCAACCAGAUGCUGACUGUCCAUUAAAGGAGGCGAGCAGUCAGAGAAUCCCCAGACUCACAGUGAAGGCACGAGAGCACUGUCUGUCUCUUCUCCAGGCAUCUCUGACUAAACACAGAGGAACAUCGGAUCAGCCAUACAGCUGUGACCCACUUUCCGUGGCAGUUGAAAUAGAGCAUGAAGUGUUCAAAUCUUGCAAGUCCGCCAACCUGUACAAGGCUGCAGUUCUCAAGAGAGUAGCGGAGCUUAAGACAGACGCUGGUAAUGCCAUGGCAUCGCCUGUGGAGGAGGAUGGAGAAACAAGCAGCUCCAACGUCAAUGAAGAGGAAAGGAAGAUGAUGAAAGAACAAGCAGCUUCCUCUUCUUCCUCAUCUGUCCCUGAAGACCAGCUAGGCUUUACAUCAGCUUCUCAGAUGUAUUCACUGAAGCGAAAGCGCGUGGGGGCGGGAUUCCGUGGCUCCUCCACCCUCUUCCAAACUGCAUCAGAAUUUCUGAAGACUUCCAAGAAUGACAACCUAACAGCAGAGCCCAUGACUCCAGAAGCUGCUCCGAACGAAGAGGAACAGGAAAGAAAGCCUGAGGCAAAAAAAAGCAAAAUAUCUCUAUCUGACUCCUUAUCCUCUUGUAGCCUGGGUAAGAGUUCAGGCAAAACCCUGAGCAAGAAACAGCAGAAAUUAGCUGAUGCCGCUAAAAACACGCACUCUAUCUCUCAGUACUUUGGGAAAAAGAUGAUGGAUGGUACACUAAAAAAUGGAGACGCUACAAUCUUAAAAACUGAAGGUGACACAGGUGACUUUGUGGAAACUCCACACAACUGCGGUGCUUUCUUGAAUACUAACAACACACAGACCCAACCUGAACGUUCCAUGGAUAUGGAAAACCUUGAAAAGUAUGCAGCACCUGUGGAAACCCAGACUAUGGAGGAUGUUCCCAUGGAUAUAAGCGACACUGAGGUAGAGACAUGCAGGCCUGAAGAGGCCACACAGGGCUUUGAGAAGAAAACAGUGCCAGAGGCUGAAGGGAAGAAAUCCCAGUGUGAAGCCAACAUACACCCAGAAAAGCCGUGUGAGGAUGGAGAAUCACGUUCUCAUCCCCCCACCAAAUGCAGCCGUCUUCCCGACACCAAGCGGAGAGUGACCUUUGACCCUGUGGUGCACGAGAGAAAGAUGGAGGCAGACGGUGAUGCCAAUCACGUGUCACUCCAACCUGUGACUCUGAAAGAAGCAGCUGAUAUUGUUGUGAGAAUUUUGGAUCCUUUCUACAAGAAGGGCAAAUUUGCUACGAAGGACCUGUUCAAGUCGUUCGCUCGCUUCCUCUCUCAUCUGCUGGUAGAAGGAAAAGCAAAGGAUCGUGUCAAAGUGAAAAUGGAGGCAAAGAGCUUCAUCAAGCGUCUCUUCAGCAGCAUCCAGCGCUGCGAAAACGAGACGGACUGGAAACACCUGCAAGACGCAGCCAAACUCAAUGCAGCAAGCAGAACUGCAGUUCAAAAGGACAGAUAGAGCUCUCAGCUGUACCCUUUACCUCCUGCCUCAAAUGCUUCUGGGCAAUGUUACCCCUCUCUCAGGAACUGUGUGCAUUUCAGAGGCUGCUGCUUAUACGAAGGCAACAUAUUUCAGCAACUGACCCACAUUUGCUCUUACUAGUGCACUUUAUUGAUGGCACACGCCGAGAUUGAUUUAUUUUUUUUUUUACUCGAGUGCCGACAAGGGCAUCGAUUCAUUACUGUGAUGUAGCAUUCGGUCGUAGCUGCUACGUUAAAUGCUGCUAUGUAUAAGGGGAUUUGUGGAUAUUUUACAGAGAGGGGGGAAUACCAAAAAAAGUGUUUUAGGGAACUUCUAAUUUAUUGUUUGCUCUUCUAUGCUUUUUCUUUCUUUCUUGUUUUUUCUGUGGUCACUCAUUAUAAAAGUUAUGGAUAUGACCGACCUCCAGGCAAAAUGAAAAUAAAUAUUGUUCCUUCUCACA